UUCUCCCGCCCUCCAAGAUCCAAACGGAGGAUCCAAACGGAGAAUCGAAACUGCGCUGGGCUGUAUGCAGCAGGAACCUGCAGCCGCCGGAUCUCCUGGCCUCCAGCAGGACCCUGUCCUGCCUCAUACGCCCACCAUGCCUCCCCCGGAGUCCCCCUCCGAAGGCCACCAGCCCAGCCACAGCCCAGCAGAGCAAUCCAUGGAAGAGGAGUUCCAGUUCCUGCACUGCCAGGGAUGCCAGGCACCAGCCAAGUGCCCCAAGCUGCUGCCUUGCCUGCAUACGUUGUGCUCAGGAUGCCUGGAGGCUCCGGGCCUGCAGUGCCCCAUCUGCCAGGCGCCCCGACCCCAGGUCGAAGAUGACUCCCCGCCUUUGGAUAACAUAUUCUUCGAGAGCUUACAGCGGCGCCUGUCCGUGUACCGGCAGAUCCUGGAUGCACAGGCGGCUUGCACCCGCUGCAGAGAACCGGCUGACUUCUGGUGCUUCGAGUGUGAGCAGCUCCUCUGCUCCAAAUGCUUUGAGGCGCACCAGUGGUUCCUCAAGCAUGAGGCGCGUCCUCUGGCCGAGCUCCGCAGCCAGUCAGCUCGUGAAUUCCUGGAUGGCACCCGCAAGUCCAACAACAUCUUCUGCUCCAACCCCAACCACCGCACCCCUGCGUUGACUAGUAUUUACUGCCGAGGAUGUUCCAAGCCACUGUGCUGUUCCUGUGCGCUCCUGGACAGGGACCACAGCGACCUCAAGUGCGACAUCAGCGCAGAGAUCCAGCAGCGGCAAGAGGAGUUGGACACUAUGGCACACGCACUGCAAGAGCAGGACAGUACCUUCAGCACUGCGCAUGCAGAGAUGCGCUCAGCCAUUGGCCAGCUGGGCCGUGCUCGCGCSGACACAGAGGAGCUGAUUAGCACACAUGUACGCCAGGUGGUAGCACAUGUGCUGGCACGGGAGCGCGAGCUGCUGGAUGCAGUGAAUGAACAGUACCAGCGAGAUUACCAAGAGAUGGCCAGCCAGCUUCGUCGCCUGGAUGCUGUGCUGCAGCGCAUCCGCACUGGCGGUGCGCUGGUGCAGAGGAUGAAGCGCUAUGCCUCCGACCAGGAGGUUCUGGACAUGCAUGACUUCGUGCACAAAGCGCUCAACCGCCUACGCCAGGAGGAACCCCAGAGCCUGCAAGCUGCCCUGCACACAGAUGGCUUCGAGGAGUUCAAGGUCCGGCUGCAGGACUUCAUCUCUUGCAUCACCCAGGGAACAGAUGCAGCUGUAUGCAGGAGAGCCAGCCCAGAGACUGCCGGAACUCCCAGGGAGCCUUUUGAUGUUGACUUGCCGGACGAGGCACAGAGAGUUCAGGCCCAGGCCCUGGGGCUGGCUGAGGCCCAACCUGUGGCUGUGGUACAGUCGGUGCCCGGAGCACACCCUGUGCCACUGUAUGCCUUCUCCAUCAAAGGCUCCUCUUACAGUGAGGAGGUCUCCAACACAACCACCCCCCAGAAGAGGAAGUCCUGCCAUACCCAGUGUUCCAGGAAGGUCAUCAAGCUGGAGUCUGAGGAAGACAAGGAGGCGAGAUUGGCUUCAAGUUCCCCGGAGCAGCCCAGGCCCAGUACCUCCAAGGCUGUCUCACCUCCCCAUUUGGAUGGGCCCCCCAGCCCUGAGAGCCCCAUCAUAGGAAAAGAGGUCCUCCUGCCCAACAACAACCACGUGCUUGGCGACACUGGGGAGGCAGUUUCAGAGGAACGCAUCGUUGUGAUCAGCAGCUCAGAAGACUCAGAUGCCGAGAACUCGUCUUCCCGAGAGCUGGAUGACAGCAGCAGCGAGUCCAGUGACCUCCAGCUGGAGGGCCCCAGCUCCCUCAGGGUCCUGGACGAGAGCCUCGCCGACCCCCGAGCAGAAGACAGGCCCCUGGUUUUCUUUGACCUCAAGAUUGACAAUGAAACCCAGAAGAUUAGCCAGCUGGCAGCUGUGAACCGGGAAAGCAAGUUCCGUGUGCUCAUCCAGCCCGAGGCCUUCAGCAUCUACUCCAAGGCCGUCUCCCUGGAGGUGGGGCUGCAGCACUUCCUCAGUUUCCUCAGCUCCAUGCGCCGCCCCAUCUUGGCCUGCUAUAAGCUGUGGGGGCCUGGCCUCCCCAACUUCUUCCAGGCCCUGGAGGACAUUAACAGGCUGUGGGAAUUCCAGGAGGCCAUCUCGGGCUUCCUGGCUGCGCUGCCUCUCAUCCGGGAGCGCGUGCCAGGGGCCAGAAGCUUUAAACUCAAGAGCCUGGCUAAGACCUACCUAGCAAGAAACAUGAGUGAGCGCAGUGCCCUGGCCGCCGUGCUGGCCAUGCGUGACCUGUGCCGCCUCCUUGAGGUCUCUCCAGGCCCGCAGCUGGCCCAGCACGUCUACCCCUUCAGUAGCCUGCAGUGCUUCGCCUCCCUGCAGCCUCUGGUUCAGGCAGCCGUCCUGCCCCGGGCUGAAGCCCGCCUCCUGGCCCUGCACAAUGUGAGCUUCCUGGAGCUGCUGACCACACAUCGCAGUGACCCUCAGCGGGGCCUGAAGAAGUUCAGCCACUACCUGAGCCUGCAGACCACCUCAUCACCCUCAGCCCAGCCUGCUUUCAACCUGCAGGCCCUGAGCACCUAUUUGGAAGGUCUGUUGGAGGGCCCGGCCUUGGCACAGGCAGAAGGCAGCUCCACACCUCUCACUGGCCACAGCUUGGCAGAAAAGGCCAAGCAGAGCUGAGAGGAGGGGAUGACUGGCAUAGGGUCUCUGGUAGGCAGAGAGGGAGGGGGUCCCUGAACCAGGCCCCACCUAUCACAGCAUUCCCAAGUGCUGGUACUUAGUACUCAGUCACCAUUUGGUCCAGAAUCACUUCCCUUUCUCUGGGACCAAAUUCCUCCUCUCUAAAAACCUCUCUAAAAAGAGGCAAAGCAUUUACCCCUAACCAGCCCCAGACACCCCAAUCCCCAGGCCUCUCUCUCCAGGAGCCAGAAUCAGGAAGGUCCUGAGGGAAGAAGCCAUGACCUCUGGGCUCUCUAAGUGGCCCUCCUAUUGCCCCAACUAUUCCACCUUCCUGACCCACAGUCGCUGCCCCAAGGGAUCUGCUGAUUGUUCCCACAGAUGGCCAUCUAUGAUGACACUGGCAGCAACACCAGUAGCCCCAUGGGUAUCCAAAGUGCCUUUCAAACUAAACCUCUCCUGAAUCUGGGUUCUCCCAGCCUCUACAUGCCUGGAGGCCAGCUCUCUCUUCACUUCCUUUUUGAAGCAUUUCCAUCCCAAGAGGGCCUCAGAUCAGCAGAGAGAGCUAGAAGCCAUUUCUCUACCUUCUUGUAGUCUGACCCUUCAAAACUUGCUUCCUUCCUCCCAGCCUUGAAAAUGCCUUCCUUGCAUCAUAGCUUCACUCUUUGGUCCUCAGGCCAUCAGACCCCCACCUCAACAUGGCCCUUGACCUUCCCUGUGCUGCCCCACCUUGAGCCCUCCCCAGCAAUGUCCCAAGGGAUGUCCCUAGCUCCACCUGAGGCAUUGCUACCCCCCUGAGAACUUCUUGGAAAUGUGGAUCUGUGGGCUGUAUUUCAGGCUUGCAGAAUCAGGAUCUCUGGGGCUGGGUCCAGCAAUCUGUUUCAACAGGUGAUCCUAGUGCAUGCUCAAGUCUGAGAACACCCGCUCUGAUAGACACUCCUCCAGGGGGAAGCAGUAUGGCAUGGCUAAGAAAGUCCUGUCUCUGUCUCUGACCAUGUGCAUUGAAUGUGACUAAGAAGAGGCCUCUUUUGGAACUCUAGUGUCCCCAUCUGUGAAAUGGGCCAAUAGGCCUGCAUGGCCUCAGAACUCCCAUCCAGCUCUGCCAUCCUGGGUUUUUAGGCAUGAAUAGCAGUUCUCUGGGGGUAGUGGAUAAGAGGUGUUCUCAUCCUUGAACCCUAGCUCCCAUCCUAAGCCUUUGGAUGCCCAGCUCAUGGUCACACCAGAGGUCAGUAUCAGAAUACAGGGAGGUCAGGACCAUCCCCACUGACAAGCAGAACUACUGUGCCUUCCCCAGCCUCCCCCUGUUCCUUUCCUCCUCCCUGGCUCCUGGCUCCUGGCAUGCUUCCAGACAGCCCAGGCCUCCAAACUCCAUGGCUGAUGGACUUUGGUGAAGUCUUGUGUGCCCGUGCCUCAGGCCCACCCAAUAGGUACCCUGAAGACCCCCUAAGGCAUUCCAUAGGAAUUUGUUCCCAUCAUACUGGCUCUAACAGUGAAAACUGCACCUAAAAUAAGAUCACAAUAUUAGCCUAUUAAAUCUUUUUCUGAACAGGCCAAUGGAUGAAGGUGGAGAAGGGAGGCAGGGACCCCAGCCUGGCUGUUCUGACCCUCUUGGCAGAUGGCAAGGCCAUCUGGGGCCACUUCUCAUUUUUGCCUUCAGCCUAGCCUUGGGCUGAGCAGUGCCCACUGAGGCCCAGUCCCACCAUGCUUGCUUACA